AUGGCGAAGAGUUACAGUGGAACCGGGCACCUUAUGCAUUUCAAUUAAGCGGGGGCUGCCGGUUACUGCCCAUUCUCCUCCUAAGCGAGGGGUACCGGCCGUGUCGGUAACAUAUUUCUGUGCGCUCUUUUGUUUUCGCUAUAUGAAGCCCCCGCACCACUGAAGUGACCGAAUGAGAGACGCAACUGUGGGUAAUUCAUUGGUCCUUAAAAGAUCUCCUUUCCGUCGACACCCAAAGGUUUUUGAGUCCUCGACCAAGCUGUCCCAACGGCAUGGACAGAAACCCCAAAGACAAGUGUGUAAAUUUGAAGAAGGGCAAGAUGUCCUAGCAAGAUGGACAGAUGGAUUGUUUUAUCUUGGAACUAUCAAAAAGAUAAAUAAAUUAAGGCAGAGCUGCUUUAUCUUAUUUGAAGACAGCUCAAAGUCGUGGGUUCUCUGGAAAGACAUACAGACUGGGGCCUCUGAAAGUGGAGAAAUGGUUUGCACAAUAUGUCAGGAAGAAUAUUCUGAUGCGCCAAAUGAAAUUGUAAUUUGUGACAAGUGUGGGCAAGGUUACCAUCAGCUGUGCCACACUCCAAAGAUUGAUCCUAACGUGAUUGACACUGAUGAGAAAUGGCUCUGUCGGCAAUGUGUGUUUGCCACCACAACAAAGAGAGGAGGAGCAUUGAAAAAAGGACCGAAUGCCAAAGCUUUACAAGUGAUGAAGCAGAGUCUGCCGUACAAUAUUGACGAUCUGGAAUGGGAUAUAGGCCAUAAAACAAACACACAGCAAUGUUACUGUUACUGCGGAGGCCCCGGAGACUGGUAUUUGAAGAUGCUUCAAUGCUGCAAAUGUAAGCAGUGGUUUCAUGAGGCCUGUGUGCAAUGCCUGCAAAAACCUAUGCUUUAUGGUGACAGAUUUUAUACAUUUAUUUGUUCAGUCUGCAAUUCUGGACCAGAAUACCUCAAACGUCUAUCUUUACGGUGGGUAGACAUAGCACAUCUCUGCUUAUACAAUCUAAGUGUUAUUCACAAGAAGAAGUACUUUGAUUCAGAACUCGAGCUGAUCACUUACAUAAAUGAUAACUGGGAUUUUAUCAACCCAGGGGAGCUGGCUGAUACUCCCAAACAAGAAAGAUAUGAAUAUAUUCUGGAUGCAUUAAAUGAAAACAAAACAAUGUUCAUGUCUGGGAAGGAAAUCAAGAAAAAGAAGCAUUUGUUUGGUCUGCGAAUUAGAGUACCCCCUGUACCCCCAAAUGCAGCUGUAAAAUUGGAAAAAGAAGAGAGCACGGCUCAUGAAUUCAAGAUUAAAGGCCGGAAGUCCUCAAAACUGCUACCUGUUACAAAAGAGGUUAAUAAUGGUGAAGUGAAAAAGCGGAAGCCUGUUGGUCGACCUCCAGGGUCACACAGGAGGAAAAUUUUGCAGAAUGAGAUGAACAAUGCUCCUGCUUUGGUCAGCAUAAAUUCAACUAAAGAGACUGAUCAAGUAUUGGAGAAUAAAAUUCUUGAUCUGUCUGAUCAAAGAAGGAACGCAGAUCUUGCUGUUUUGUCGUCCAACAAUUCUGAUAUGGAGUCCGGUGGUACCGCCAAUACUAAAGAAACUACCUCAAGCAACAUCUCUAGUCCUCAGCAAGACUUCAGCAGAGUCACACGCGCAGGCAGGUCUUGGUCAGCACAUGUUCCACCACUUAAAAGAAGGGGUCGCCACCCCCGAAAAGCUCUGCAAGCCCACAAUUCAGACAAUGCAAAUAAUGAUGAAGACAAAGAGGAUCAGCUUUCUGGACUAAAUACGGAUAUUGUUAAGAACCUAGCAGAUCAGGAGUUCCAGCUGCAUCACCUGAAGAAUUCAAUCACAAGUUAUUUUGGUGCUGCUGGGCGAAUAGCCUGUGGUGAAAAAUACAGAGUAAUAGCGCGUCGCGUGACGCUUGAUGGGAAAGUGCAGUAUCUUGUAGAGUGGGAGGGUGCCACCGCAUCCUGACCUCUGGACAGAUUUUAUUUUUGUUUUUCAGGUUCCUUUAAAAAGAACAGUAACUGUUCUUGAUCCUUUCUGCUAACGCAGUACAUGUGAUACGUAGUGCGUCCCUGUAUUACGUGUUCUCUGGUAGUAAAUGGGUUGAGAAAUUAAAAAUGUGGCCUUUUUAAAAAAAAAAAAAAAAAAAAUAACACAAUAUUGUUACUGACCAAAUGACAAGAAUAUCCUCUUUGCGAGGGAAUAUGGUUGGCUGUAUUGCGGGACAUAAUGGUCAAAAUUUUAAAGUGAGUGAUUUUUUUUUAUUUUUAUUUUCAGCAGAAGCAUUUUUGCAAUAUAUUUCUCUGAGCAGAAAUAAGUCUAGUAAAAGCUAUUACAGUUUCAGUUGCAUGCCCUGUGCACCAGCCUUUCAAAUACCAUUGCUGCUCGUUUGGUAUUUCCUUGUGUGAUAGACAAUAAAUGAACUUAAUUACAGUAGAACCGGAUAAUCAACAAUUACAUAAGACAAUGCAAUAGCACUUCAAUAUUUUAAAAAAUCAAUUAAAUUUGCUGCCCCUUUUACCAUGCGACAGCCAUUAGCUAAUCACACAGACCUAUAUGUAUACACUAUGAACUCUUGCACAUGCUCAGUAGUAGCUGAUGCAUAUAAAGAGCCUGCACGAUUUGAUAAUUGAAUUAAACUGUCUCUUACAAUUGCAUAUGUUUUCUGUGUCAUUAAAUUUUAGUUUUGACUUUGCUGUCCCUUUAAGUCAUCGCUAAUACUAAACGCGCACACAAGGUAUGGGCUGGUGCUUUGUCCAUGCUUCUACUUAAAAUGUAAAUGCACUCAUUCUAUUUUAACCAUUAUAUCCCUUUAAAUAUUGCUACAACUGCUUGAUAUCAUCUGACUUUGGGUUUUUAGAACGAACAUUGCUUAUAACCAAAUAUGUGCAACAGUGGUUUGGUUUACAGUUUGUGUAAUCAAACCUUUGACUAAUGUAUCCUUAUGUAAUGUGGAUUUAAUAUUUUAGUAAAUACGGUUUGACGUGAUAAAGCAACAGUUCCAUGUGACCCUAAACUAUGAAAUACGUGACUUGCUUUACAGUAUCGAAUGGUUUGUAGCAGAAGUAACUGGUAUAUAUUCAGAACAUAAGUAAAAAAUGGGCCAUCUGUAAGGGCACAGCACCCUUUACUGUUUGCCACUAGAGUGAAAAAAGGACUUACCUGUUUAGGGUUGUCAAACUUUCCCUUUUUGAAAUUAUUUUCAAAGGGACAUGAACCCACCCAUAACGCCCCAUAAAAUGUUUAAAUUGAUGUAGUACAAAAACCUUGCAAUAUAUUUUUGCUUUGCCCCUUUUCCUUUUAACUUUUCCUCUGAAAAUGUUUUUGCUAUCUCAGAAAAGCUGGCAUGUGCCUUAAGGAUCAAAACCGGACCGCAACAUGCUACACAGUGAUUGCUUGAUCAGUGCAGGAGCUUAUUUCUGCCUGUCCUAUUUUUGGCCACAGGAAUGGAGAUAAAUACUAAAGAGAUUUGGCCAUUUAGUAUGCUACAAAAAAUGCAAAUUUGAGAAGAUUUUGAUCAAUCUAUCAAACUAUAUAAAUGCAUGUAUAAUAAAAUGACUUUAAUGUUCCUUUAAUUCUUGGACUUGUGGAGUAUUAUGCAUUUUAUUGCUGCAUUUGAGUAUACAGAGGCUCUUAAGAGGAACUCGGUGUACUGUUCUACUAGUGUUUUUAGUUUAAUCUGACCUACCAUACCAAAACAUUUAGAUUACAUUAGAAUGGUUUUGAAAUUGGUUAAUAACCGUAUGCUUGGGUUGAAAGUGAAAUCCUUUUUUUUUUUUUUUUUUUUUUUAAUUACAAUGAAUUGUAAUAUUAAGCCAAGCAAUACACAUGAGUUACAUUGUUUGAUGCUGCCUUGUACAAAUCCUCCUUGCUUCAGAUGUAUAUGGAGACUGGCACUGUUGCUUUAAGCAAAUGUGUUUAAGAAAUAUUACGCCUGUAAAUGAACGUUUGCGUAGAUAGUUCUCUUGUUUAUAAAAUGUGAUCUAUGCAAUAAUUUACUUUAGAAUAAGUAGAAAAUUAAACCUUUGAAAUAUAAAUAAUUCAGGACACGCUGCAGUAUUUUCACAAAGCAUUUGCUCAGGCUUCCCCGGUGCUAAUACUCGCUCAGUACUUUUUAGCAAAAUUGCUUCUAUUUUUUAGAUACUUCAUCCACUUUAACUCCAAUGUUCUGCUAGAGUUUAAUUUUCUACAGAAUUUCUAAAUGUUUAAUUGAAUUAGCAGUUGUGUCUUGGAGCUUUUCCUCCUAUAUAUAUGUAGAUGAAUUUGUUACUGCUGUGUAAAUUCAUUAUUCAUAAAAAUUUUUAAUUUAAUUGAUACAAAUCUAUCAUUUUAAAGUGACUCAUAUUUAAGACAUGUAUGUUAUUUUUAGAGGGAUCUUAAUCAUGCAUAAACUGCUAAUUUUCACAAAAUGCACACACGUUUCUGAACCUUUUAUUGUCCGUUAUCUUUUAUGCCAACAGACUGCUAAUUAGAUGUGUGCAAUCCGGAGGUUUCAGAUACCUGUUAUUUUUUAUCAUUGGUUAUUUGUAGUGCGCCAACAGGUUCCGCGGCGCUAGUUAAAGCAGCAGCUCGUCCCAUUCAGCUAUUUUCAGAGGCAAAUUUUGCAGAUCCUAGUGUGUUGCAGUUUCACAAGAAUAAUUUUGACUCUGAAAAUAGCCGUAUAGUAAGAGUUUCUGCCGCAUCGGAAGGUAUCCGAAACCUUCAAAUGCAUGUAUCUACUGCUGAAAACUUCUGCUGUGGAGUAGGGCAAAAUCAAAACCGCCUUCUGUUACAUGAAAGUGCACAGAACUCACGGCUGAAUCCGAACCAGACAAGCAAGUCUUGUACGCAGAUGACCAUAAAGGUGUAUAGGAAUUUGUGUACAACGUCUUAGUUUAUGAAGAGUUUUUAGCUCCUAAGCAGUAAAAUUUGUUCAGGUUUAUGUUGUAAAUCUUUUUUCUGCAUAACCAAUGUGUAAUAUUUUGUACAGUUUAUUCCUUAAUGUCAAUCUUUAAAAAAAAAAGUGUCAUUUUUGUUUUGUUUAGGAUUACGAAUUAUAUUACAGCAUAGAUUGUUGCAUAAUAUUUAAGAAAUUGAAAUACUACCUUCAAUAACACAGCAUUUUCCUUCAGAUAAUUAAAGUGAUUAAGUUAAGUAACUGCUUACAGAACUCUUGUGUUUUUAUAUUGCAAAGAAAUCAUCGGUUGCUUAGUAGACUGAAUUUUAUCCCCCCCCCCACACUUUUUCUGUUUGUGUAGAUUCAAAUUGCCUGUAAUAUUUUUUUUAUACCUUCUCUAGACUUCAAUAUAAGUCAUUGUUGGCAUCCAUUUUUUUAUCCUCUGAAACAUUAAAGGGACAUAAAACUCAAUACAUUUCUCUCACAAUUUACAAAAAGCACACCAUUUUAAACAACUUUUAAAAUUUCUUCUGUUAUCAAUUCUUUUGUUGUUGAAAAGCAGGGGCUGUAAGCUCAGGGGUGUGCACUAUUUCCUGUCAUGUAGUGCUUCAGGAAUGUGUACGCCUGCCUACCUUGGUAUCUAGCAAAUUUGAUGAUAGAAGUAAAUUAGAAUAUAUAUAAUUUUUUUCCUUGUUUACUCUUAUCUGAAUAAUGAGAGAAAAAAAUUAUUUUCAUGUCCUUUUAAUACAAUAUUUACCACCAGAUUAGAUUGCUUUUUGUUUGAAUGUCUCUUCACACCUACUAGUGCAAUGAAAUAAAAAGCUGUUUUUAUCAGACAUUAUUCCACCCCAAUAGCCUAACAAUUGUCAUAGGGUGGCUUUAUAAUAAAUGAAAAAAGUACUUUUUUUUUUUUUGUGUUUGUCCAAACAAAAUAAAGCAUAGCAAUGAA